AUGAAUGAUCCAAAAAAAGUUGAUGAAUAUGACUCCAAAUUUGUUAAACCAAUUGGUAUACCUAAUAAAAAUAAGAAGUAUGUUUAUGUUGAACCAAGAAGAGAAUGGAGUGUCAUGGAAUAUAGUUUAGAAGGAGCAGAAGCUUUGAUACCGCCAAAAACAUUUCAAGAAUCUCUUGCUGAGAAAGCUUCAAGAAUAGAUUGGAAGAAGAUUGUUGGUUCCAAUGUAACCUAUGAUGAUCCUGAAGUAGUUUUUGAUACUGAAUCGGAUAAAGCUUUAGAUUUAGUUGACAGAAUUUUGGCUUUAAAAAUUCAUCAGAAAUCUUAUAAACCACCUCAACAUUAUUUUAACAAUACUUCAAAAUUAGUGGUGAAACCUGAUGAUCUUCAAAUUAAUAAGAGUAAUACGCUAAAUAAUGAAAAUAAAGAACGAGAAAGAUUUAAUAAAUUGCUUAAAGAAGCUAAUGAAGCAGGAUUAAAAUUUCCCACUGAUGAUUUAGAUUAUGAUGAACUUUCAAAGCAUGUAGAUAUUAAUGCAAUGGAUAGUUCUGAGGGACCUGUUGUUAUAACAGACAUGGAACAAGUAGUUGAAAAUAAUAUUACAUAUGAAAGUUUUAAAAAUCAAAAAUAUAUUGAAGGGGAAACAGGUAUAGAUAAAAAAAAGAAAAAAGAAAAAGAAAGUGAUGAUGAAGAUAUAGGAUAUAUGAUGGGUAAAGCUGCCGUUGAAUCAUUUAGACAAGGUCGUAUAAAACAAGAACUUGAACAUCAUGGAAUGCCUAGUAUUAAGAGAGUAGUUAGUGAUCCUCAAAUUUCAUCUAAAAUUCGUUAUUUUGUUCAAAAAAGAUUACAGAAGAAAGUGUUAGAGUAUAAUUUUAUUGGAAUGCCUCUUCAAAAUGAAGAACCUAGGACUAUUUUUCAAAUUUUAAGGCCAUCAUCAAAUAAUACAUUUGGUAUUCUUCCUCAAGAACUUUCAAACGAAAUUUUUGAUCCAACUAAAUGUGAUGAAUUUGUUAAAGAAUUAACAGAUAGACAAGUUGAUGCAGCUAGAAAGGCUUGGGAUGCUUUGGAAUUACAGACCAAUGAAUUUGAUGUUUUUUCUCAACUAAGAAAUGAUACUUUAGAAGCAAAAAAUCGAGGAGAAGACGUUAAAACAGUAUCUAUUAAUUUUGGCUCCUCAAGAAUUGUUAUUCCUGUUAUUGUUAAAGAUUCAUUUUCAAGUGAACCUAGAAAAAGCGAUGAAAUGUCUUCUGAUUCAGAGGAUGAAGAUUUUCAAAUGGAUGUUGAUAAAGAAAUUGAGGAAGAAGAACAUAUUGAACCAACUUCAACUGUAGCAUUUUAUAUUAAUAGAUCUGGGAAAUUAUUAGGAUGUAAAAUUGACGGUGAAUCUUAUUCACUAGACAAACCUGAAUUUUUAGGAAAUGAAUUGACUAAGAAAAUGCUCGAAGCCAUAGAAAACAAUGGAAUUAAUAAGAAGGGGGAUGAAGUAGCUUCAGAUGAUGAAAGCACAUCUUCAAGAGGAAGAAAUAAACACAAAGAUACAGAUGUUCCUUCACGGGCUCCAUCACCUAUUAUUCCGGAAGCUGGUCCUUGGCAUAAAGUUGCUAAAUAUUUACAUGAAGCUUUGCAACAUAUCAAUUAUUUACAUGAUCAAUUAAGAGUGAUGGAUACUCCUUAUAUGAAGCCGUUAACUGUUGCUGAAAGUAUUGGAGAUGAAAAUACCGCUAUAAAUUCAAAACUUUAUUUAUGGGUUGCCAAAAGAAAAGCUCUAGAAGAAUCUGUGGCUGUUCUUGAAACUGGAACUAAACACCGUAAGGUUGAUACUGAAAGUUUUGAGGAUAAACAGGCUUUUUUUAAUGAAUUGAAGAGUAUGAGAGAAUUUUGGAGAUUACGUAAAGUUGGUAGAUUUCUUACAGGUGACUUGGGAUAUCGUAUUUUUGGGUCAAAGUUUAUCCCUUCGGAAUCUUUUGAUGUCACUAGAAAAUCAAGUGCUAUGCUUGAAGAAGAACGAAAAUAUAAAGCAGAAAUUUGUGAUACAUCUCCACUAUCAUACCUUCAAGUUAUUGUUCCGUGUGAUUUGAUGCGACGUACAGUAAUGAGUGUAGAUAUUAUUAUUGAUCAUAAUACAGGAAUAGAGGAACCUUCAUCUAGAAGAAAAGACAACUCUGAUUUAGAAUACAUGGUAGUUAAACCUGAAGAUGCUAUGAAAAUACAUUGGAGGAAAGCUCUUUUAUGGGCUCAAGAAUCUUUGAUAUGUAGAGAUAUAUUUAAAAAUCUUUUUUCUGAUGCCGCACAAGCUACAGAGAUUUUUUCAACACAACGUGAAAAUGUUUUAAUGGUUUCUUUGUUCUCAAAUGUUGUUCUUAAAAUUCAACUUGAUUUUUAUCCAUUCAAAGACGGAGAUUUACCACAACCAGGAAUUCCUGUUCUUAAUACACUUCUUAGGCAUUUGUUUUUAUCAGAUUUGUGUAUACGCCCAAAAUUAUUACAACAAUUUAUAACACUUCCAUUAAUUGAUUCACAAGAUUAUAUUGCCGGAAGGACUUUUUCAGAUGCUAGUAAAUCAGAAAUGAAAGAAAUGAUUAAUUUUACAAGACAUACUACAUUACUUUCUCGUUUAUGUAAAGUUGCUUCACACUAUAAAUUAGUUCAAGAAGUAAUAAAUGAAUUGGAAAAUUUUUCUAUUAAGCAUCCUGAUCCUUCUCUUUCCUGGAGAUUUUAUCGUAUAACAUCUAUUGAAUCUUUUAUUAAUGUUGUUCUUUCAAAUAGAGGUUUUGUUGAUAUUAUACCAAAACAAUUAUUUACAAUUUCAAUAACACAUAAUAAUAUUUUAAUAAAUAUUCGUGCUAAAGAAGGAAAAGAUCUUUUUGAAUGUGGUCAUAAUUUAGAAAUUUUUGUUAAAUCUUUAAAAAUGGUAUAUUGUAGAUAUAUGAUAAACUCAGUAGCAAUUCAAUCCAAACAAUGGGUAUGGUAUGUAUUAAGUUCAAAUCUUCGUUUCUCUGAAAGUCAUUACACUACUAAUUGUGAUUUAACAUUGUAUAUGUCAAAUGUUUCUGGAUUGUAUCAUAUUUAUUUUUUUGUUAAUUAUAUUACUUUAGAAAAAAGUAUAACCGUGGAAAGGAGCAUUGAUUUGGUAUUGCAAAGGAAUGGAAAUUCAAGUUUUGAUAAAAAUAUAGAUGAUGAAAAGUAUGUUACUCUUGAAUAUAAUGCUCUAGUUGGUGAUAGUUUGUUGAAAAAAUUUGACUUCUUGUUUGCAAUAUUAAGAUAA